GUUAUUUAUUUAUUUAUUUAUUUAUUUUUUAUUGCAAUUAAUAUUUUUUAUUGAUUCAACCAUUAUAUAUAAAUAGCAGAACACACAUAUACAGAAUCAAUAUCCAACCCCCACUACAACACCCCCCCACCCAAGACCCCCAACAACACCCCAGUGGUCACACAACCAUAGACACACAACAAAAAUAAAUAAAUAAAUUAAUUAAUUAAAAAAAUAAAAUAAAUAAACAAUCACACACAUAAAAUCCCUACACCUCUCUCUCCACUGUCCCUCCCCGAGAGCCUUCCAAAAAAGACAGAUAUCUGCCCCACUUCUUUACAAACAUGUCCAGACUCCCCAGUCUUCUGGAUACCCCCUCCUCAAGAGCUGCCACUCUGGCCAUCUCUGAACACCACUCCUGAAACGGGGGCGCUCCAGCCGACUUCCUACUCCUCAAAGUGAUCUGUCUGGCGAUCAUAACACUAGUUAGGACCCAGUUUUUCAUGUGCUUAUUCUCCAAAUUAAUGACUGCCCCAUCUCCCAAGAUACAGAGUCUGGGGCAAAAUAAAAUUUGAGAGGCCAAAACCUCGCACAUAAAACUCUGAAUCCUCAUCCAAAAUUCUUGCAUUUUAACACAUCCCCAAAAGACAUGGGUUGUGUCUCCAUCUUCCGAUUGACAUCGCCAGCAGGUGGGUGUGUCUUUAAGACCAAGCCUAUACAAUCUAGAGGGGGUCCAAUAGACUCUAUGUAAAAUCUUAAAUUGCAUGAGGCAAACCCUUGCGUCUCUAGAUGGAGAUUUGACGUUUUUUAGAAUCCUAGCCCACUCUCCCUCCUCCAAUACCAAAUUUAGAUCUUUCUCCCAUAAUCUCUUAAGAGAAGUCGAAGUUCCAUCCCCCAGACUCUGAAUUAGCAGGGAGUAAUACACCGAUGCCUCAUGACCUUUUCCAAAAGCAGUAAUCACCACUCCCAGAGUCAAAAUCACCACUCCCAAAAACAGUACAGAGCAGGUGGCGCAGCUGUAAAUACUUAUAGAAUUGAGAUCUAGGAAUCCCAAAAAGUUUAACCAAAUUUUGAAUGGAGUGUUGAGAUCCUUUCUCAUACAGGAGUGUAGUAACCCCCCUCCCAAUCCACUCUGACCAGCAAAAAGGGGACUUGUUGAUGCAUAAUUUGGGGUUCAGCCAAAUGCUCGAGGCAACAUUUAAACAAAAUUUAAGAAUUAAACAGUCUGGACACUUUUGUGCAUACCGGGUUCAAGUGCGAGAUAACGGGAUGUAACUUAGCUUCUCCGAUUAAUUUGAUAGAAAGGCUCUGAAGUAGUGAAAUAGGGGCAAGAACUUCCUGUUCUAUACAGAACUUGAGAGGGGCUCUCUCAGGUGGAAGCGACCAAUGAGCCAGAUGUCUGAGACCGAAAUGCAUAAUAAUAAAAUAAAAUCUUGGGUAGGCCUAGCCCACCUUUGUCAAUCGGCCUAUGUAACUUAUUGAAAUGUAAUUUGGGACGCUUACCAUUCCAAAUGAAAGACUUUGCUAUGCUAUCAAAUUGCUUGAAAUAAGAGAGGGGGACAUCCACAGGGAGAGACUGCAGUAAGUAAUUUAAUUUUGGAAUACAACUCACCUUCCCAAUCAUAGAUAAAUGUAAUGAAGCCCACCUGCCCACAUCGCUCGAAAACCGUUUUAUUAAGGGGUCAAAAUUAACUCUAACUAAAUCACACAAAUUUGCUGGAAAUAAAAUACCCAAAUACUUAAUGCCCUGUUUGGGCCACUGGAAAGCACCCGGCUGGAAAGCCGUUUCUGGGCAGUGUGCUGUCAGAGCCAAAGCUUCGGAUUUAGACCAGUUGACUCAAUAUCCUGAAAACUUAGAAAAGGAAUUAAUAAUUCUGUGGAGACAAGGCAAAGAUCUACUGGGGUCAGAGACAAAUAAUAAAAUAUCAUGUGCGUAAAGCAAGAGUUUAUGCGCCAUACCUACCGCCACCACCCUUGGAAAAUCAUCCUCCUUUCUUAUCGUGGUUGCUAAUGGUUCCAGGACAAGACAGAACAAUAAUGGGGAAAGAGGGCAACCCUGCCGGGUGCCCCUAUCCAGAGUAAAAUAAUCUGAAAUUAAUCCAAUUGUUUGUACCGCCGCUACAGGGUGUCUAUAAAGUAACUUAAUCCAUCCAAUAAAUGUACUCCCGAACCCGUAUAUUUCCAAAACCUUAAAAAGAUAAUCCCAUUCUAUCAUAUCAAAUGCCUUUUCGGCAUCAAGUGAGAUGGCAGUCACCGGAGACUGUUCAUUCGCUACUGACCACAUGAUAUUGAUGAGAUGCCUAAUGUUAUCAGAAGAGCUACGGCCUCGAAUAAACCCCACCUGAUCUAUAUGUAUAAGAGAUGUCAUAACUUUACUUAAUCGAUUAGCCAGAAUUAUUGACAACAUUUUUACAUCUAACUAGAUCAGGGAAAUUGGACGGUAACUUUUACACUCGCUUGGAUCUUUGUCCUUUUUAAGAAUCAGACUGAUCCGGGCUUGUGUCAUGGUUGGAGGAAGCUUUCCAUUCUUUAAUGAUUCAGUAUAAACUUCUAGCAGAAGUGGAGCCAGUUCUGUAGCAUAAGAUUUGAAAAACUCAGCGGCAAAGCCGUCAGGCCCCGGAGUCUUGCCUGUAGGUAAGGCCUUAAUAACCUCGCCAAGCUCCUCCAAGGUUAUCUCAGAAUCAAGAUCAUUUCUCAUUCGUCAGUUUAGGGAGUUCUAAUGGUUUCACAAAGUUCAAGAACUAUAGACGUGGAACUAUAGAGAUCAAAGUAGAAUUCUUUAAAAGCAUUAUUAAUAUCAAUGGCUGAGGUAAAUAUUCACCACCAGCAGAUUUCACUGAGGGAAUGGUAGAUAAAGACUCUCUCUGGUUUAUAUAUCUAGCCAAAAGUUUUCCUGCUUUGUCCCCCGACUCAAAGUAUGACUGUCUUGCCCUGAAUAGCCAAAACUCCACUUUCAGCGACAAAAUAGUAUUAUAUAUGUAUUUCAAUCGAGUCAAUUCUCUGAGGCCAUCAGAUGACAAACGGCACUUCAGCUCUGCUUCUGCAUUUUUAAUAUUUCCUUCCAACUCCACAAGUUCUCAUGCUUUGGAUUUUUUGGUGAAUGAGGCAUACUGUAUGAUCCAGCCCCUAAGAACUGCCUUAAGUGCCUCCCAAGCCACGCCCACAGUGGAUACUGUGGACCAGUUGGUCUCCAUAUAAACACUGAUUUCAGUCUUUAACAUUUGUUGGAAUUCAGGAUUUUGCAAAAGGGACACAUUAAGGCGCCAACUACAUGAUUUCUUUUUCUCCGUAUGUGGCACCAAUUCUAAACUCACCAGGGCAUGAUCUGAGACUAAGAUAUUUCCAAUUGAGCAAUCAACAACAGAUGAAAUGAGGGACUUGGAUAUCAAAAAAAAAAAAAAAAAAAAUCUAUUCUGGAAUAAAUCUUAUGGACUGAUGAAAAAAAUGUAUAAUCCCUACCAGAUGGGUUUAAAAGUCUCCAAAUAUCUGUAAGACCAAGAUUUUUACACAUCCUGUGAAGCAUCAAUGUUGCUCUAGGGGGCUUUCACACUUUUGCUUCACUAUGAUCAAGGACUGAAUCCAUCAAAAGAUUAAAGUCUCCUGUUUUGACGUAAUCAUUCCAGUGUCCCGUAAACGGAACAAGCUCCAGCCGCUAGGCAGAGCCAACACAAAAAGAAACAAAACCGACAUCCCGGUUCCCCGGAUGGUCAAGUCAAUUCACGCGGAGGCCGCAUAAAAGUAUAUAGCAUGACUUACUCAAUCCGUCAACUUUAUAAAAGACAUCCUUUGUGUGAGCAUGUAGAUAUUUUGCGGUCAUCCGUAGUGUCCACUCUCAAACUGGCCGGGAACUUCCAUGCAAAUGUAAUCUUUCGUCAAUGCAAAAACUUCUUUAAGGAAAGUGUUAUACACAAAACAAACUCCAGCCACUAGGCGGAACUUCCUCAAAAGCCAGAAUAAGUACAGCGAGUUGACCCACUCACAUGAGAAAUAUCCAAUGGUUUACUCACCCAUUGAUUCUAUAAAAGACAUUGCCUGUUUGGGACAUGUAAAUACUUUGUGACCGUCCUUCGUUUCUAUUCUCAGUUUGGCCGGGAACAUCAAUGCAAAAGUGAUCUUACGCUGAUGCAAGAGUUUCUUGCAUUCCAUGAACCAAUCACGUUUCUCUCUUGUCGAACUUGCAAAGUUCGGGAACAAGAAAAUAUUAUGAUUCCUCCAAGAAAAUUUUCCUUUGCUCCUCGCCUGGCGCAACAUGAGAUCUUUAUCGGAUGACCUCAGAAAUUUGGCCAGGAUUGAUCGGGGCCUGUCUCCCUCAGCAGAUCUCUGAGCAGGGACUCUGUGAGCUCGCUCGAUUUCCAGCUUGUGGCCUGUUAUGUCGAGCAGACUCGGCAAGAGCUCAUCUAGGAAUUUCAUCAUAUCUCUGCCCUCCUCAUGCUCAGGAAUUCCAACAAUUCUGACAUUAUUCCUGCGGCUUCUAUUCUCAAGAUCUUCAAGCUUUUCAAGAAUACGUUCCAGAUCAACUUUGGUCGCGGGCAGAUUAGCGGUUAAUUCCCUCUCCGAAGACUCAAAAUAAUCGAUUUGUUUCUCAGCAUCUGACACUCUUGUAACUAACUUGAUCGACGUAUUACAGCGAGAUCCUCCAAGUCAGCAAGAACCUUCGUUGUCAUCGCCGAUAUGUUGGACAACUGACGCUGGAUCUCUUCUCCACCCGCGCCAUCCAAAUCGAGUCUUCGGUCUGUAGGCCUGUCGGGCUUUCAUCCUGAACAUGUAAGUGUCUUUUAAUGUCUCCAGAGCCUGAUGAUUUUGACUUCUUUGCCAUGUUUUACCUCAAAGAGCAAAUGUGUAACUGGGUGUAUCGAAUUUCACCAGAUUAUAGUGACAAUAAUAAAAAAUUUUGCAAAGUGCACAGAGCUCGUCGUUCACAUGUCUGCUUCUUGCAUGGCAUCACGUGACCUCCCAGAGUCUCUAGUUUGAGAAAUGGACGCCUCACACAUCUUCAGCUGACAGCUUCAUUGAAUUCUACCUGCUCAACACCAGUUUCAUGUACAACAGUAAAGAGAAGACUCAGGGGUGCAGGCCUUAUGGGAAGAAUUGCAGAGAAAAAGCCACUUUUGAAACAGAAAAACAAAAAGGAAAUGUUAGAGUGGGCAAAGAAACACAGACAUUGGACAACAGAUAAUUGGAAAAGAGUGUUAUGGAUCUUAAUCCCAUUGACCUUUUGUGGGAUCAGCUAGACUGUAAGGUGCGUGAGAAGUGCCCGACAAGACAGCCACAUCUAUGGCAAGUGCUACAGGAAGUGUGGGGUGAAAUGCCACCUGAGUAUCUGGACAAAAUGACAGCUAGAACGCCAAGGAUCUGCAAAGCUGUCAUUGCUGCACGUGGAGGAUUUUUUGAUGAGAAUUCUUUGCAGUAGUUUAAGAAGUUCUGAUCAUUUUUAAUAGUAAUAUUUCACGUUAUUAAUGUCCUGACUAUAGAUAAUCCUGCAAAAGCGAUGAUUUAAACAACUUUACAGUUCAAAUAAUGUGUUAAGAUUAAAGUGUUUUUAUAAAAUUAUAAGCUUCACAUUUCUGCCUUUUAAACACUCCAAAAUUAUACUACAGAAACCAUGUAGUAAACCAUACUUACCACAGAAUUUACCAUGGUGUUACUUCAGUAACUAGUUCAACUAUUAUAUGUUGAAAAACCUCAACCAAAGAAAAAUUUACCAUGGUUGUUUCUACAGUAACCAUAUUUUAACCAUAUUAAUGACUCAAUGUUCCAUUUUCAAGACCCGGAUUCAAUCAACAUGGACUUGCUUUCAUCGAGACCCAGGUUUCUUGGUGAAUGUCCAGAUCCACCGAGAUAUUCGUGUCAUAUCCCACCAUAUGACGAUGUGAUAAGUUGUUACAAACCAGAAUAUGACAACAUGAGGUCUGAAGUUUAUUCCCCGACAACAUCACAUCUGUCUUUUAAGAGUGAUGAUUCAAUGUUUCGUCCCAUAAACUUCAGGAAUGAUCGGCUAAAGUCACCAUCCCCGACACAAUCAGUGCUGUCUGAUAAGAGUGAUGAUUCAAUGUCUCGUCCCAUAUACUUCAGGAACAACCGACCAUUAUUAACCGCCAAAAUAGCACCCUUGAGAUGCCGCGGAUCAGAUUACUCUGAAGAGAGAGACAAUUCAAGGUCUCGUCCCAUAAACACCCAGCAAGAGCUUCAGGGGAAGGGUCAAAGUGCAAAGGAGAGUGCUUUCCUGCCAUCUGAUAUUCUCCUGUGUAUUUCCGGUGUCAUUGGCAUAGUACUGUUGAUUUACGGCAUAGUUUUGCUGCUUUACAGUAUUGUACUGUUUCUUUUUAGUGUUGUUGUUGGUAUUCUCGGCAUUGCUUCAGUGCUCAUUCUGGUAUAUGGCAUCAUAAACAAGCAUGAGGGGUUAAAGGAAGAAGUGAUGAAAGCAAUCAAUGCCUUGAAAACCUAAGGUUUGUUCUAACCAGUUGUGUAAAGUGACAAACAACAGAUCAUUUUGUUGAUCGUUUGCACCAGUGUUUGAAGACUUUCAUAUCCAACUGUCAUUCAUUUCAAAUAAAUCAAUCUUUAUAAUGAUA